CAUGUCAAGAAACAUAACAAGCGCUGUCAGCCUCUGAAGUGUCCAUAUUGCAAAAUGAAGUUCAGUAAUUCAGAGGAAUUGCUUGCUCAUUGCAAGUGGCACUCGCAGAACCCGAACCAGGACUCUGAGCCUGAGAGUAAAACGAAGGAUAACAGAAAUGAGGCCACUCAUACACCCCUUGUUUCUCUGAAAGAAAGGAGAAAAAGGGGAAAGGGGGGGAUACUCAAAUGCCACAUUUGUGGGAAAGUGUUUCCCUUUUGGUCUGGUCUGCAGGUUCAUAUACGUAUGCACACAGGGGAAAAACCAUAUAUCUGUAAAGUAUGUGGGAAAGCCUUUAGUAAUCGCUCAUCAAUUCGUAUUCAUGAGGUGACACACUGGUCCAUUAAGCCUUACAACUGCACAUGGUGUGGAAAGAGUUUCACGCAGUUGUCGUCUGCAAAAAAACAUCCCUGCAAGGGUCUGAGGGAGAGUAAUGACAGAGGGAGCCGGAAGAAGCCUUUCAUAUCUUUUACAUGCCACAUCUGCGAAGAGAGAUUUGUUCAGAGGCGUCAGUACAAAACCCACCUGAAAACCCAUGCUGAUGUGAAGCUCUUUCGCUGUUUAUUCUGUGACCAGCUGUUUAGUGUGAUGUCAGAAUUUGAAGAGCACCACCAAUAUUGCACCAAAGUUAGGGGGGAGAAGAUGACAUCCAAAUCUGAAUUUAGGAUUUGGAAACCUAGAGCCCCUAAUCAGCAAAGCUCGCAGCAACCAAGUGUCAAGAGUCAUUCACCAGUCACCCAAUUAGUAUUUCCUGCAGCUGCUGAUAGUCACCCAUUUCAGAACCUUGGACAGAGUUCAGCUUCCUCUGCCUCAUUGCUGAACUGUGAACCUACCUCACAGCAAAAACAAAGUGGUCGUCUGUCUUCACAAACACAUCCCAAUAAAGCCAUUGCUACAACUCUGCGCCCCUUCCAAACAUGCAUUAUACCCACAAACAAUCUCACCCCACUUGUAUCAAAGUUGAACAGUCUAGAUCGUAAAUCUGACCCGAGGAAGUACUUAUGCCCACGUUGUGGAAGACUUUUCAGACACACAGGAAGACUCCGAGCCCACAUGCUAACUCAUGCCCACAGUCAGAGCUACACCUGUGACUGCUGUGGAAAGACCCUGGAAAGCUGGAAAAAGCUUUGGCUUCACCAGCGAAUCCACAGACAGAAACUAGGACGGUUCUCAUGUCCAAAGUGUCGCCAAGGUUUCCGCUUCGUUGGGCCCUACAAGCAGCACAUGCUGCGAGAACACCCGGAGUACCAGUGGAUCGAUGAGAGACCAAACAAAACUCUCCAAGGACUUGAACAGCAGCAGUGCCUGCCUUAUCAAUGUGAGGAGUGCAACACCAGCUUCAGGACACUAGAUUUGCUUUUCAAUCAUCAGCUUUGCCAUUCCUCACCAGGUGACCACAGUAUGUUGGUACAGGACGACUGCUAUGAUUACUCUCCCUCGACACAUGAACAUGAUGUACCUUCCAACAUGAAUGGAUUUGACCCUCACAUGAACAGUGGCGUAACACACUCCCAUCAGGAACUCCACCAUACCUACUACCCUUCUCCGCCUCUACAAGCAAACCACCCACGAGGUUCACAUCUCCUUCAUUACUUUUCCAAUCAUUCAGACGUACUACAUUCACUGUCACCCCUUAUACCUGUGCCUCCCCCAAUGCAACACCCAGGUUUCCAACCAGGCCUCCAGUUAUAUGACUCCACCCAGCUGCUCACAAGCCCUCUAUCACCACUGUACUCACAGGUAGAGACCAUUCCAAACCUUGACAGAAAAGAUGGGAAUGUAAACAGGAAGCAGAGUAGAAUUUAUGGGAAUGGGACUAAACGUGCUGCUAGAUCCAAGGAGGACAAGGCGACAAAUGGGGGUUGGAUUGUGCGGAGUGUGGUGUUCAGUUUCCUGCUGUCUCACAACUCUAUGAGCAUUAUUUGCAGCAUGCCAGGGGGAGAGGUGUAG